GUAUCCCGCGAACCGCGAUACCGACGCCACACGUCCGAUCACCGGCUUCCCACCCACUGUCCCGAGUUCCGGAGCUAAUCCAGUGAAUUGAUUGGAAAACUUGGAGAAGAUUGUGUUCCGUGUUCCUCCGGUGUUCCGGGGGCUGUAGACGGGUUCUAAAAGUAGUCAAAGUGUCUCCUAUAAAGUUGUCGGCGAUGGAUAGCAACUCGGUGUCUCCGAUGCCGGAGCUAGCGCCGAUCGCCGAGUUCGAUAAGUCGCCGCCGUCGCCGCCGAAUGAAGAGGUGCCGAUGGACGAUCUUCCCCCACCACCGGCUACUAUCUCGGGGCAGACGGACGGAAAGAAGGUUAAAAUCCAACGGAGCCGUUCGUACGACUCCGACGACAAUGAACGAGGCGCGUGCGAGUGGUGCGAGUACGCACUCGUUAUCACCCUCGCCACCAUCCUGCUGAUCGGCGUCUCCGCGCUGACCAUCUUCUGGACGCUGUUCUAUCGCGAGGGCUACGCCUGGGUAGACGAUAUCCCGGAGAAGCAGUUUAACCUGCAUCCCACGCUUAUGGUCGCUGGCUUCGUUACCUUCAGCGGGUUCUCCGUCCUGCUGUACCGCAUCUGCCGAUGCUUCCGCCGCAUCUACGUGAAGCUGCUGCACGCGAUCUUCCACGCUCUGGCGUUCCCCUGCAUCGUCAUCGGCUUCCUGGCUGUCCUGGACUACCACAACAAGAAGGGCAUCAACAACUUCUACUCGCUGCAUAGCUGGAUCGGCCUUACUGCCAUGGGACUGUUUGGAAUACAGUACGCCGUCGGUUUCUUCAGCUUCCUCCUCCUCCUGAUCUGCAACAAGGGCACCGCCGGGUUCCGUGCCUCCCUCGUGCCAGUCCACGCCGCCUUCGGGAUCCUGACCUUCGUGCUUGGCGUCUGCGCCUGCCUCACCGGACUCACUGAGAAAGCUCUCUUCACUAUUACGGCCCCGGUCUACGCGACAAUGUCCGAAGAGUCGAUCGUGAUGAAUGCCAUCGGCGUCUCCAUCGUAGCCGUUGCCAUCGUGGUACUCUACACCGUGCGCGGCACCGGCGGGUACCGCCUACGCAAGGUCGCGGCACACCAUCCGAGCUAAGCGCCCGCGCAGCCAUCCAGACGUUUGGCGACAAACCUGAGUUUGUAGCCGGGUUUGUUUUGAGACAUGUGAAUGAUAAAAGCUGGUAGUUUUUGUAGAAAUAAGCGUGUUGAUAUCAACGAGAUCUUUAGGUCUAUGUCCACAUUUCGUAAUGAAAUGUACAGAUGUAGUGCGAAAAGGGUUUCCUUCGGAAACGUUCGUAUUUGUCAUGCCAGUUCAGUCAAUGUCAAUCCAUCUUGUACUGAGACUGACUGAAAUAGCAUGACACGUUCGUACGUUUCCGUAACAAUACGAAGGCAACUCUUUUUGCACUACGCCUGUUAGAAAAUUUCAUUGAGAAGAAAAUACCUAUCUAUGGUUUUGUAAGAACCAUUAUGUGGCUGAGAUCUCGCUUAAACGCAUAAUUUUUUAUAGAAACUAUUGGUUUUUGUUACUUAGAUUCCUGUCUUUAUGAUUUAGUAAUUCGUAGCUUUUGCGAUCUUGUAGUUUACUAUCUAAUUUGCGCUAAUAUUUGAACUAAGUUGGUAAACAUUCGUGAGGCAAGUUCUUUAGAAUGCAUUAGCAAUAAUAUUAAGAGAUUGCAAAAGCUACGAGUAAAUUUUUAUAACGUUCAUGUAGUUCUGAGCAACGUUUGUUUAUACAUCGAUGUUUCACAUGCAAACUCCAAUUUGUCUCCAAACGAAGUUUUCUAAUUGCAAUUUUUUAAACAUUUUGUAAGUUUGAUGUUAUGCUUAAUGAGGUAACACCGUACUCUGUAUUAGUGAUAACCGAAAGGGUAAGCAGUAGGGUUGGCGGAGGUACAUCGUGUAAGUUAGAUUAAUUCAAGGCUUCAAGACUCCGCUCAUUCGACUUUAAAAUAUCAGUCCUUCAAAAUCUUUAGAAGCCCUCUCCUCUUUGUAACUUCAAAAUGGAACAAACUUAUUUUAAGCAAUAUCUCUAGAAGGUUUUCGAUUUUGAGAUUACCGUUAUACUUCGAAAAUUAAACCCUGAAAAUUAUAUCGUUUAGCUCAAUUUGUUAACUUUAGGUUUACAAAUUCUAUCUCGGUUGGUGACACCACUUGUUCGGCGGUUGUGCGUUGUUCUAUUGUGAAAAUCUACCUUUAUUGUGAGUUAUUCCGUCUUAGGCAAAAUUAAUUCGACUGAUAUUGGAAUUAGAUCAUUUCUUUGAAUAUUAUUUACACAAUAUAUCCCAUAACUAUUUUAAGAUGCGUAGUUUAAUCGUAAGGACCGCAGUUAAAUUGAAAUUAAAAUGGAAAGGAAUGCAAUGUAACUAUAAAAAGUCAAAGAUUUGACAAUUUAAAACUUGAUUAACUUCCUUGUACUCGCUGUUCUGUGGUAAAUAAUUAUCUUAAUUAUUAGAACAUAUAGUAUGUAGGUACGUUAACGAGGGUAAGGGUAGAUAACCAAGGACAAGAAAUCGAUGUAUAUUUACUAGAUUGGCGUUGACAUAGCUCCGGGUGUAAUAUGCAAUUAUAUAUUUUGUUUUUAGAUGCCAUACAUACAUAUAGGUUUUCAUAAAUUCAUGCUAAUAAUAUGUCGGUAUGUUUUAUGACGAAUAGUUAGGUUAUCUUAGAUGUAAUUGUAUAUAAAUUUUAUUCUAAUUAAUGUAAUGUGCGAGUGUUCGAUAGUUGUAGUUUCGUAGUGAAAGUUUACAGUCUAACCCUCUGAUUCAUAAACGUUCACUAAAGUUAUCAAAAAUAUAAAGUUCGUUUGUCCCUUUCCGACGUAUUGGUGUGACAGAAAGGGACAAACGAACUAUAUCGGCUUGGUAACUUUAGUGUACGUUUAUGAAUAAGGGGGUAAAUAUUUAUUGAUCCAUCCUACCACGGAGAUUGGCUAUCCAGUAUUUUAUGUGAUGUUUAUUUAUUACAUUGUGUAACUUUAAGGUACAGAUAAGUGUAUACUUGAUGCGAGCGAGACUCCGUCGGGGUCGCAUUCAGCUGUUUGUGGUAGAACAUUAUGUAUAAGUGUUCAUCCAAGUUGCCAAAUUUGUUGUAAAGUGGUAAUGUGCGGUAAUAUAAUUUGUUAAUCAAUUAUUAAUGUGCUAUUCACAUAAUACCUACGUGUAGCGUGUUUAUCAAUAAUGUAGGAUAAUGCUCAAGGUAUUUACGGAGGGUACAUAUUCUUUCCUUUUGUAGAAAUUGAGUAAUUUAUCUAUUACUUAGAUAAAGUUUUAUCUAUAUUCCAUUUUGUAAAUUUGCAUUCCAAUGAAGCAUUUGAUGGGCUUUUGACGUUCUUUCUGAAAAUAUACAAUCCGUACAAAGACUGCAUUCAUAAGUAGGUCCUCUUGUAUUAUAUUACAGGAUUUGCGAUCGUUUUUUGCUUGGAUAAAGACGUAUUUACAAAUUUUAAAUAUUCCAGUUUUUGUGGAUCCCUUUGUAAUAUUGGGGCCAAAUUUUGAUAUUGUUAUAGCAUCCCAUUUGUACAGUUUAUGUUAUGCACCCUUUUAAUAUAAAACGCAAAAGCUGCAGUUGAAAUAGAUUUUUGAAUCAUUGGUUUCUAUAUUAACGCACCAAGAGAAUUAAAUGCAGUACCUGCUUAUUAAUGUAAAAGUAGAAUUAUAAUAGUUUGAAAGUGUUCCCAUAAGUUGCGUAGUCUAGAUUGAUUUGAAAUAUUGCAUUAUGUUACUAUUGAGUAAUUGAUAACAAUUAUUUCGCUUAGUUGCGUUGGCGACAGUUAUAUUGGUUACUAUGAAUUUUAUCACUGUUUUACAUUUUGAAAUAUUUAUACGGCAAUCGUAUGGUACAUUAAAUACUUGUAUUAA